AUGGACGUGACGGCCGCGCGCCGCUCGUUCCUGUGCGAUAUCGUCAUCAAAGUCUCCAGAACCUUCUUAACAUAUCUGCUCCAUGACAUCUACAAACGGUUGUUCCAGGUGGAUGUACGGACCAUCCAUGGGAGCACUCCUCUGUGUCACGCCUGUGCUUCUGGCAGUCUGGAGUGUGUCGAGCUGCUGCUGGAGUACGGGGCCAAUGUAAACCCGGCCCUCACGGCCCUCACCGCCUCGCCCCUCCACGAGGCCUGCAUACAAGGUAACGUUGACGUAGUGAGGCUGAUGAUAGCCAGCGGCGCCAGGCUGGAGGCGUACGACGUCCACUUCGGUCCCCCGCUCCACGUCGCUUGUGCCAAGGGACACGUGGACUGUGUCAAGGAGCUGCUCCAUGCAGGUCAGCAGGACGGCUGCAGGUCUUUAAGUCUGGUAACGGAUAACUCCAGAUGUCUGGGUUAUUAA